CGGCUGGCCUGCCAGGGUAUGCGUGAUUGGCGGAGCCAGGCCCGGCCCUGCCCCCUUGCUCCAGCCCGGGGUGGCGCUGCUCCGCGCCCGGCGACCUUGGCCCUCCGGCCCUGCGGGCUUCCUGUUUCUGCGCUGGCGGCGGCAGCGGCCAUGGAGCCGGGAGCCUCCGACAAACCUGAGAUGGCGGAGGUGCUGCCCCAGCACAUCUUCGACCGCGAGUCCCUGGAGGCCUACCUAAACCGGCACCUACCUGGCUUUGGAGCCCAGCCGGAGGCCGCACUGGCCGUUGCCCAGUUCAGAUCAGGACAGUCAAACCCAACUUUUUAUCUCCAGAAGGGCUUUCAAGCAUAUGUGCUCAGGAAAAAACCACCGGGUUCACUUCUUCCUAAAGCACAUAAGAUUGAUAGAGAGUUUAAAGUCCAGAAAGCCUUAUUUUCGAUUGGAUUCCCCGUUCCCAAACCUAUACUGUACUGUGAUGAUGCUUCUGUCAUUGGAACAGAAUUUUACGUGAUGGAACAUGUGGAGGGUCGAAUCUUUCGUGAUUUCACAAUUACUGGCGUUAGCCCAGCAGAACGCUCAGCCAUAUAUGUGGCCAUGAUAGAGACCUUGGCUCGAUUACAUUCCUUGAACAUACAGUCAUUGCAGCUGGAAGGAUAUGGUACAGGUACUGGAUACUGCAAAAGACAGGUAUCAACCUGGACACAGCAAUAUCAAGCCGCAGCUCAUCAGGACAUCCCUGCCAUGAAACAGCUAUCCGAGUGGCUAAUGAAAAACUUGCCAGAUAAUGAUAAUGAGGAGAAUUUGAUUCAUGGGGAUUUCAAACUAGAUAACAUAGUCUUCCACCCUAGAGAGUCUCGCGUUCUAGCAGUACUGGAUUGGGAGCUUUCAACCAUUGGUCAUCCUUUGUCAGACUUAGCACAUCUUUCCCUGUUCUACUUUUGGCCAAAGACAGUUCCAAUGAUAAGUCAGCAUUCUUAUAUUCAAGGAAACACAGGGAUACCAUUGAUGGAAGAACUCAUUUCAAUAUAUUGCCGCUGUAGGGGAAUUAAUUCUUGUCUUCCUAACUGGAAUUUUUUUCUGGCCCUUUCAUAUUUUAAAAUGGCUGGAAUAGCACAGGGAGUAUACAGUAGAUAUCUUCUGGGAAAUAAUUCAUCCGAGAAUAGCUUUUUGUUUGCCAAUAUUGUGCAACCGCUGGCAGAAACUGGAUUACAACUCUCAAAAAGAACUUUCAGCACUGCACUCCCACAGAUUGACACUGCUGGACGGAUGUUUGCACAGACUAGGAAAGGCCAGGAAGUUCUCAUCAAGGUGAAGCAUUUCAUGGAACAGCACAUCCUUCCAGCUGAAAAGGAAGUUAUUGAGUUCUAUGCUCAAACUGAAAAUUCCAUGGACAAGUGGAGAAAACCUUUAGUGAUUGAUAAACUCAAGGAGAUGGCCAAAGCAGAGGGACUCUGGAAUUUGUUUUUGCCAGCGGUGAGCAGUCUCAGCCAAGUGGACUAUGCCUUGAUUGCUGAAGAAACAGGAAAAUGCUUUUUUGCUCCAGAUGUCUUUAACUGCCAAGCACCAGACACAGGGAACAUGGAGGUAUUGCACCUGUAUGGAAGUGAGGAGCAGAAGCAGCAGUGGCUUGAGCCUCUCCUGCAAGGGAACAUUGCCUCCUGCUUCUGCAUGACAGAACCUGAUGUAGCUUCCAGUGAUGCCACCAAUAUUGAAUGCAGCAUCCAACAAGAUGGCGAUAGCUAUGUAAUUAAUGGCAAGAAAUGGUGGAGUAGUGGAGCUGGGAAUCCCAACUGCAAAAUAGUAAUUGUUUUGGGAAGAACUAAAAAUACUUCUGUUUCCAGACACAAACAACACAGCAUGAUUCUUGUUCCCAUCAACACACCCGGAGUAGAAGUAAUAAGGCCUUUGUCAGUUUUUGGCUACAUGGAUCACUUUCAUGGAGGACAUUUUGAGAUCCAUUUUAAUCAAGUGCGAGUUCCUGCCACCAAUCUAAUACUAGGUGAAGGUAGGGGAUUUGAAAUUUCCCAAGGCCGCCUUGGACCUGGCAGAAUCCACCACUGUAUGAGAAUAGUAGGAUUGGCGGAACGUGCUUUGCAGAUCAUGUGUGAACGGGCAACUCAGAGGGUAGCCUUUAAGAAGAAACUAUAUUUACAUGAGGUGGUGGCUCACUGGAUUGCUGAAAGCCGCAUUGCCAUCGAGGAGAUCCGCUUGUUGACCCUGAAAGCCGCCCACAGCAUGGAUACUCUGGGCAGCGCUGGUGCGAAGAAGGAGAUUGCAAUGAUAAAAGUGGCCGCGCCACGGGCUGUUUGCAAAAUCAUUGACCGGGCCAUCCAGGUGUGUGGAGGUGCUGGCGUUUCCCAGGAUUAUCCGCUGGCCAACAUGUAUGCCCACACCAGAGCUUUGCGUUUGGCAGACGGACCCGAUGAAGUCCACCUCUCAGCAGUUGCAAAAAUGGAGUUGCAGGAUCAAACCAGAGGGUUGGCAGCCAGGAUGUAAGGAGAGUGGUGCUGCCACGUGCUGCCGGCAGGAAAUGUCCUGCAUGCAAGCUUCUUUUGUGCCAUCAUCUGAGCCUCAUGUCUUAUAGCAGCUUGGGCACAGGGUUGAUUACUCAUCUGUGGUAAAGGUUUUCGUGCCUCUUUUGGUCGGUAGGUUUUAUAACUUCAAGGGCUACACGGGCCUAAAUCCAGUAAGAAAUUCUGUAACUGGUGCCAUUCAGUCUAGUGCCUAAGUGGCUUAGCAUUUA